AUGGACAGCAGUCGCGAGGAUGAAGAAGAUGAUGUGCCUGUGGUUCCACCGAGAUCCUCCGGCCGUACUACAGUAAGGGCGGACGGUUCCGCGGCGGUCCCGUUUCCGUCGCCGCUCGCGCCCGCAGAAAGCCAGCCAAAAUCACGACCCAACGUCAGGCCGACGCGAAGCAACAAGCGUUCGGCGAGCGACGCGGGCCACGGCCACGGGGACGCUAUCCUCGCCGAGUCCCCCGCAGGAUCGUCGGUCGACCAUGCCGAGGAGAUCGAUCACGCAACCGCUGCCGGCGCAAACGCCGAGCAACCACCGUCGCCUCCGCCGUCGCCGAAAAGACGACGCAGAUCAGCUAGACGGGGGGGGCAACACGGUCACCUGCUGGUCCAGGAGAGGGCUGGCCAGGGAAGCUGCGAGCGGGAAGAAGUGGUGUUGGAGGAGGAGGAGGAGGAGGAGGAGGAGGAGGGAGCCCCGGCGGUGGCGGCUAUCCCGAGGAAUAGGCGGGGGAAGCGGAAAGGAGGGCGAGCGCGGGGCGCGCAGGAUGCGGGCGACUUGAAGUGUGGCGAUGUACAACAAGGAGAGGAGUGGAGAGUGGUGACAAGCGUUGGUGCUGUUGGAGGCAUCGACUCCGAGGGUGGGGGCGACGCACAGGGGCAGGGAUGUGCACCACUGCCUCACAUAUUGGAAGGACAGUCUACCCCUCCGACGGGGGGAGAAACGAAGACCAAGGGGAAAGGGAAGGGGAAGGGGAAGGGAAGAGCAAAGGCACAAGCGAGCGGAACUCCAGCAGCUGCACCAAAGGCAACGACAAAGCGGAGAUGCAGGCGGAGAAGGUCUGCCGACACCAACGCCAACAUGUCGGACUCGUACAGCGACAACAGUGACGGAGGGGCCGGUGACAGCCCGUGCAGUACCCCAAUCCGUAGGAGGCCCCGCAGCACUCGACACCAGACAAGGGCAUCGGCAGAGUGGUAUACUCACCCUCUUCCCCCGCCGACCACGCUGGAGGAGCCCCUGGUGAUAGACAGCGAUGAUGACGACGUUCGAGCCGUUCCAGCCGCCCAAGGGGCCGCCAGUGCCGAUAAGCCUUCCCGAGUGGUGACGACGGUCUGUGACGAUGACGACGGCGGUGGUGGGGUGCGGCGGGAUAGCAGCUUUGUCGACACCGACUUCGGCGACGGGUUGAUAGAGCUACGCACCCGCAAGGAGCGGCAAGGGGCCCCGCCGGGCAUGCAGAAAGUCCGGUUGUCGUGGGCGGUCGCUUACCUGCGAGAGGAGUGUAUUCGCUCUGUACCCCACAAGACUCGCGUGAUCUUCCCAAACAAGGAUACCACGGGAGCGGUGCAGGUGACCCGGUCUGACGUCAUCCGCCUUCAAGAGAAUGUGUUCCUCAACGACACCAUCAUUGACUUCUACCUCAGGUAUCUUCUCUCUCGGGAAGACAGCUUUGCGGAAGGCUUGGCGCCAAGCUCGGUCCACGCCUUCAGCCCGUUGGUGGUGCAGGGUAUCACCAACGUCGCUGAUGCUGCGGAGCCGGAAGCGUACUGGCGAAAAGUCCAGAAAUGGACCAAAGGGCUGGACCUGUUCAGCAAGAAGAUCGUCCUCUUCCCCAUCAACAGCGCGCUGCACUGGAGUCUCCUUGUGCUUAUCAACCCGGACCUUUUCGAGAAAAGAGUGACCCAGAAGGAAAAGGAGAAGGAAAAGGAGAAGGACAAGGACGCAGCCGCCGCCGCCGCCCGCAAGAAACCCACGGCCCCCACCGCAGCCGCAGCCGCUGCCGCCGCUUCGGCUGAAUCAACGAAAUCCGCGAAAAAGAAGGCAGGGAAAAAUAGUAGGGCUGACACCGGAGCCAACGCUGUCAGCGAGAGAGGAGAUGGCGGCGGCGGCGGCGGCAGCAGCAGCAGCAGCAGCCAGAGCUCGACGGUUUCGCACACCGAAGGAAGACGUUUCCAGGAGGACGACGACGAGGAGAUGCCGCAGGCAGCUUCGCCAUCCCGCGACGCCGCUAGCCUCGCCACCGCGGCAAGUGCGGGAGAAGAAGCAAUACCUUCUUCGCCUCCUCUGUCCGAAAGCGAGUACCUCAGUCAGGCCUCGCCGUUGCCGAGCAGAGGCAAGGCCAUGGAGUGGCCCCCAUCCACGGAAAUACAGCGGCACAGCAUACCGCUCUUGGACGACUGUUCUGGUAGCGCCGAUGCCGACCCUACCGAGGCCGGCGGCGGUGGCGGCGGCGGUGGUGCCUGCACUACGAGUGGAAGAGGGUGGUCUUCUCACGGGGCGGCGUCGCAGCCCGAGGAAGAGAACGCGGUAGCCGUGGGAGAGAGUGGCAGUGGCGGUGUUACGACGGCGGGUGAAUCGGUAGACCGGCGGAACGUGGAGAGCCUUCCCAUGGAGAUGGAGGUCGAGGAGGAGGACCAGCUCCCCUCGCGUGCUGGCGAGAUCGUCGGCGGCGGAAGGACAAGGUUGUCAUCACCAUCGUCACCGGCAUCGCCAUCGCCAUCGCCAUCGGCAACGGUUUCACGAGGACAUGCGCCACCGAUGCCUGGAUCUGCAUCUGGGUCACCCGCUGCAUCUGGAUCUGCCACAUCCACUCCCGUACAAGCCCUGAACGUGGAAGCCUCAAACGGACCCCUCCACGAUGGACCGGAGUCGGUGCUAUCGCCACCUCGUCCACUUCUUCCGGUAGGACGAGGAACGAAGGAGUCCCCUGCAAUCGCGGCAGACAGCCGACGGGAGUGGAGGCUGAACCAGCCUUCCCCCAGCUCGCCCAUGUACCCGAGCAGCCCGCCUUGUGCCGGGCCCCCCGGAGAACGGUCGGGGGCAGCGGCGGCAGCGGCGGCGGUGGCGGCGGCGGCGGCGGCGGGAGGGUCUCAGCCUAGUCCUGGAAGCGCCGACGCGGGCGAACGGCCCGGCCGAGAAGACGCGCAUCGUCGCCGCCGCCGCCGCCGCUCUCCCGACCCGACGGCCGGGGGGUUGGACACCACGAUCGCCGGUCGCACCACCGUUCGGCGUCGGAGUGUUGGUGUUGGUGCUCACCGGCAGGAAAUGCGGACGGCAACGCAGCCCCAAGGGACCGGCGGGCCAAUCGACGUCGAUGCUUUGCCGUCGAAUGACGAGCCCGGGCCGUCGAGCGGAGAGCCCGAGCCAGCGGUGGACGUGGAGGCGUUGUCGUCGAGCGGACCGGCGGCGGCGGACGAUGAAGAAGUAGAGGCGCUCGACAGCAAUGCCGCCGCUGUUGUCGCGGAGACCGAACUCCGGACAAGGGUAAGGUCGACUCGAUCGAGGAGGCCACCAUCACGAUCGACAAACGGCAGCAGUUGUAAGGCAGCGCAGCUGCCUCCGCCUCGCGAGCAUUCGCCACCAGACAGCAGUAGUGGCGACGGGAAACGGCCGACCACGUCUGGGGGCGUCGCAGUUGGGCAGGAGGAGCCGGGGGGGGGGGGAGGGGUGGCGGACGCUGGUGCGGUGGGCCUCAGCUCCUCACCACCGGACGGAGAUUUGGACGGCGGCGAGCGGGCAGCAGGGGUCGAAGAGGUAGUGGAUGAUUCACCCAUCCCGUGCAUGCUGCUGCUGGACUCCACCAAGGGACAUCGGUCGCAGGAGGUCUUCAGGAUGGUUCGCAAAUACGUCGAAGCCGCCUGGAACAACACCCACGGGAAGAGCAGCGGGAGGAAGAGCAAGGUCGACGUCACCGCCAGGCUGCUAGGCGGCUGCAGCCCACCGAUACCUCAGCAGACGAACGAUUGCGACUGCGGCGUGUACGUGAUCCACUACGCAAAGCUCAUCCUCGAGAAGCCUCCCCUCGCCACUCAAAGGUUCUUGGACAGGAAGGGCAAGGGUGGAAUUUUCAGCAAGAAGUGGUUCGACAGCAGCGUUAUCAGCGCCACCCGCAAAACCAUCAGAGACACGGUGGAGACGAUGAGAUGGGACUGCUUGGAGAAGGAGAGAGGCGCCGCUGCCGCUGCUACUAGUUAGUUGGUGCCCCUGGUGUAGCCGGGACUAAUGCUAAUGAUAACCGUGCGGUUUAGAUCUUCCCCGUAGCAUGGCUGGCCCUGCAUUAUUUUUUCCCGCGUACUGCAGGCGCGAGAUUGCGAAAAACGUGGUCGAGAUAAUCUAUUCAUUUUGUUCAUUCCUGUAAUAUUUGAGUGUUUCGUUUGCCUUGUU